AUGCCGGUCGACAAGCACAUCGGCGCCCGUGAGCCUGCCGAGGCUGAGAUCGAGCCACGCCGCGAGUCAGUCGUCGACACGCCCAAGACGUUCGGCCAGCGACUGAUGCCCGUCUUUGCGUGCGGCGCGGGCCUCUUCAGCGACGGCUACCUCAACAACGUCAUCGGCAGCGUGAGCACCAUCCUCGAGACGCUGUACAAGAAAGAAUACACGGCAUCCUCCGCCGUCAGCAACGUGAGCAGCAUCACCUUCGUCGGCACCGUCGUCGGACAGCUGGUCUUUGGCUUCACGAGCGAUCACUGGAGCCGGAAGUGGUCUCUCUUCAUCUCGACCAUCAUCCUCUUCAUCUUCGCCAUUCUUUGUACAGCCUCGUACGGCGCGGGUGGAUCCAUCUACGGUCUGUUCGCAGCCUUGACCGCCUAUCGCUUCUUCUUGGGCAUUGGCAUUGGUGGUGAAUAUCCAGCAGGAAGUGUGGCUUGUGCAGAGUCCACCGGCGAACUCAAAUCUGGCAUCCGCAACCGCUGGUUCUGCCUCUUUACCAAUGUCCAAAUCGACUUCGGCUUUGUGGUGGGCGCCUUCGUCCCCAUGAUCAUCGUCCUUAUUACCACUCAAAGCCACUUGCGAGCCGCAUGGCGGAUCAUGCUGGGACUGGGCAUUAUCCCACCCCUCUCCCUGCUUUACUUCCGAUGGAAGUUGAACGAGCCUGAGUCCUUCAGACGAGGAACGAUGAGACACGCAAAGACGCCGUGGGCUUUGUGCAUCAAGUUCUACUGGUUCCGCCUUCUCGUAGUAGCCGCUAUCUGGUUCAUCUACGACUUCAGCUCGUACUCAUUCGGCCUGCUCAGCUCGCAGUUGUUGACCAACUUGCUCGGCACCCAAGACAAGCUAUGGGUCUCAUUCGGCUGGAACACUCUCCUCAACCUAUUCUACAUGCCAGGAUGUAUCAUUGGAGCUUUCACUAGCGACUGGUGGGGACCACGCAACGCUCUCGGCUAUACGGUCUUCGUUCAGGCCAUGGUUGGCUUCAUCAUGGCUGGAACAUACUCCUACCUUGCAAAGCCGGAGUAUGUCGGCGGAUUCGUCGUCGUCUACGGCAUCUUCAUCGCCCUCGGAGAGAUGGGUCCUGGUAACAACAUUGGCUUGAUUGCUUCAAAGACGUCAGCAACAGCCGUGAGGGGGAAAUAUUACGGCAUCGCCGCCGCCUCUGGCAAGAUUGGUGCAUUCGUCGGCAGCAAGACGCUCAUCCUUAUGUACAACAACUACUACAAUGCCGGAGAUGUCGUCAAGGCAGGCCAGUAUCCGUUCUUGAUCUCUUCUGCACUGUGUGUGCUCAGCUCGGGACUGGCUCUGUUCUUGCUCCCACACAUUGGUCAAGAUACCAUCGAUGAGGAGGAUGCCAAAUUCAGGACCUACCUUGAGCAGAACGGUUACGACACUCGACAAAUGGGCCUUGAGCCUAGUGAUAGUCUCGAGAAUAUUGUCGAAAAGGGUAGAGAUAGCUCGACUGAAGAGCCGAAGAUGGAGUAG